AUGGCCUCAACAGCGCUUUCUGCGGCGGAGCUGGAGGCGCAGUUCACCAAUGCCAAGGCAUACCUCAUGCAGGCGGACAAGGAUGGCGUGAGCGCCUAUGACCAGCUCACACGCCUCAUGGAGCUUCUUCUUGAGGAGAACCCUGAGAACGUUGCAGGCGAUCCGUCAAAGUUGCACGAGAUCUUGAGCUUCAUCCAGACGCACAGCUUCGCGUGCGGCGAGAGCACCUCUGCGUGCUAUGAGGCCACACAGGUGCCCGCCGAGGAGCUCCGGCGCUUCGAGGACAACAAGAAGCUCUUUGAUCUCCCAGCCCCGCAGGUGCGCACCGUCAUCGAGCAGCCUGAUCCGUACACGACCAUUACCACCACCACCGUGCUGCCGCUGAAGGCGCCGUCCUUCGAGUCUGUUGCCGCUCAAAACAAGUACUGGACGGCCGCGGGCUGCGGCCUCUCCGACGAGGAAGCAUUCCUGCUUGACCGCUCCAUCACCAACCUCGCCAUGGAGGCGAACCUGCAGGAUAUCAAGUUCUUUGGUAGGAUUUUUGGCACACAUAGCGACUACUUUGUUCUCCGCACGCGGCGCUACCUCGAGGCGGGCGAAACCGUGUACGUGGAAACCAACACAAUGGGAAAGCCGCCGCGAAAGAAGGGCAUCGUGCCCGUGCAGGCUGAGCCAGGCUACGUCGGGGUGAAUCGCUACACGUUCUGGGUAACCGCAUCGCCCUCCGACAAGUGGGAGAAGCUACCGGAUGUAACGCCGCAGCAGAUCAAUGCGGCCCGCGAAACGAAGCGCUUCUUUACGGGAGACUUGUCAGCGUCUGUUGCGGCAACGUUUCCAUGGGGGGAGGCCGCGUACCUGCGAGCACAGCUGGCGCGCAUCACCAGCAGCACCACCAUUGCUCCUCAAGGUGCGCUGGAGGAGCCAGAGCCGGAGCAGGAAACGGAAGAGGACGAGGAUGAAGACGCCGAGGAUGGUGCGCCGCGGAAGCUGAAGGAGGCCAAGUACAAACCGCUGGUAGUCCCCUCGCCGGAUUACGGCGAGGAAGAGGUGGAUGUGGCACAGCUGACGGUAGACCGCUGGGUACACGCGGAGGGGUACAUUUACAAGAACGGUCGACAAACAAAGGUGCCGGAGAAGCCUGAGCCGGAGGAGGGGGAGGUGGAGGGGGAGGAGGAGGCCGAACCCGAGGCCGAUGCUCAGGGCGAAGAGGAGGAGGAGGAGCCGGAGGAGGAGGAAGAAGUGGAGCUCUUUGCUCCUAUCCAGAACGACUACCUCUACGGCGUCGUCGACAUCCCGCAGCCGCCGCCAGCCAUAAACGAUGAGGACGAAGAGGAGGAGGAGGAGCCCGAGGAGGAGGGCGAGGAGGAGCCCCGGGAGCCGGACAACACGCCACUGAAGCCUUUGCGCGACGAUGACGUCCCCGAUGACGACCCGACAAAGAUGAAGAUUGCAUGCUGGACGAUGCGCGUGGAGAACAAUGUUAGCAAGGCUCACCGCAUGGCGGUGGUGCAAUCCCUUCGCUGGCCCGGCGCCACUGCAUACGCGGCUGAGGGCGGCAAGCGCUGGUCUUGCGUGUACUUUGGCAACGGUAUGAAGAAGACGGAUGCGGCCUUCACACCACCGCCCGCUCCCCCUGUGCAAUCAGAGUGCGCCGACGUCACAGAGGUGGAAGAUCCAACCGCCACUGUGGAGAAGCUCGUUCGGCGCGGCGAAGAAAUCCCGGAAGCCGACAGCGAGGCGGAGCCGGAUGAGCUGGAGGAAGAGGAGGACAGCUAA